UGCCAUCGAGGGUCUUCACAAGAAUCUUACUGGGGACCUCGUGUCACUCCCGGAAGGAGAGUUAAUCGACUGUAGCUCGUCUUAUUGGAAUACGGCCUGUCUCGGUGGAUUGAUUGCUAGCGCGUUUGAAUACGUUAUGGAUCACGGGAUCGGCUCGGAAAAGGAUAAUCCGUACAAGCAAGCCUCCAAUCCAAAUUAUUCAACCUGUAGGAGCAAU